AUGUCCCUCGCAUCUGCAGGAAACCGCACGGGAACUGAUCGACCGAUGCCGCCAGAUCUUUUUGCCGACGUUCGGUACUUUAUCAACGUUGAUGUUGAUGCAGCGACGCAAGACGAGAUCCGCUCACUGCUCUCGCUCGGUGGCGCACAACACCACGACGAUGCCUCCAUUCCAAGCGGCAGUGACAGCUGGUCAAACACAGCGAACGCUCGCUUCCGACUGGGCGCAGUAACGCAUGUGCUCGCUCUUAGCGAACACUUCCCUGAGUAUCAAAAUUGCAUCGAACCUACCUUACCUGAGCAGGCUCCUGCCGCCAAGCGGCCCAUUGUAGUCACUCCUGAAUGGGUUCGUCGCAGUGCCCAUCUUGGGGUUCGCCUCAAGGAGGACCGCUUCUCAUGCCGGAGUGCCAUGAUCUUCUCUGGACUCUGCGUUGCUGCUUCCAAGUCCGAACUCUCCAAGGCAGACCGAGAACUUAUCAGCAGCAUCGUCUCCGCCUAUGGAGGUCUGUGGCGAGAAGAUCAUCUUUUCGACGUCAACGUCUUUCUCACCACUUCCAUCUCCAGCGCCAAACUCAACAAGAUCAUCAAUACUCCCGGCAAGCAGACCAUCUGCGUGGCACCCCAAUGGAUCAGCGACUCAUGGCGCGUACAGAAGUUGCUGCCCUUAGACUCCUACCAAUUCCAUCUCGGGCAGAGCAAGCUGCCCCCCUGCUUUGCUGGCCGUACCGCCAGUGGAUCUCCGCUCACCUCUCCUAGACGAGAUCGUGUAGCUAUGAGUCUGAUUAAGGACAGCAAGAGCAACCUUGUUGACACUCCGAGCGACAAGUCAAUCCGAACAAGUCGCGACAAGCAUGUUUUCCGCGGUCAAAGCGUCCUACUGGCACGCGACGUUUGCCGCGCCAACGAACAGCAGCUCCGAUCUUUGGAACACUUCAUUCGCACCUCCGGCGGCACCGUUCGCAGAGCACCCAAGGACCUCAAUGGCAUUGCGCAAGCCGUGCGGAACUCAGACUUUGUCGUCUGCCGAUACCGAGAGGUCCAAGAGUUCCGGGAGGCCAUCCGUCAGAAAACGCAAGUUGGCAAUCUGAUGUGGCUCAUUAACGUCGUCUCCAACGACGUUUUCAGCGAUCCGAGAGAAGAGCCUCUCCAUUUCCCCGUGCCUCGACAGGGCAUUCCUGAAUUUCACAAUGCUACCAUCACCAUCUCGAACUACCGUGGUUCAUCCCGACAGUAUCUCACCAAGAUGAUUAAGCUGAUGGGAGCCACCUUUUCGGGUACACUCACUGCCCAGACCAGCCUCUGCGUUGCCGCUAACCUCAAGAGUGAAAAGACGGACAAAGCGAAAGAAUGGAAGGUGCCUGUAGUCAAUCACAAGUACAUUGUUGACUCCUUCUUGGCCUGGGCGCCAGUGGAAAGAGCCAAGCUCAAGUACAUCGACUUUCCGGAGGCCGUCGACUAUAAUCUGGACGUAGGCGAGACCAGAGUCACGGAUGAGAGCCUCGGACCUUGGAUUGAUGAUGCCAUCAAUAAUGACGAGCCAGAGGACAUGCCCACCAGCGAUCCUGUUUCGCCGUCUGCCGGACACUAUGCAGCCCUUGAGCCGUCUGCUGCUGAAGCGUCGCUGCGAGCUCAAGAAACGAAACAAUCGACGUCUGCACCAGUUGAAAACAACGAUGCCGAGAAUCGAACGGCACGUGCGGACUCGACUGGUCUUGAGCCCACUUCUCCACCUGCAACACCAUCUCUUUCCGCUGCACCUAGGUACGAUGAUCUUUCAACAACAACCACAUCAUCAGACAGACCGAGCUCUCCCAGCCCGUCUGAAGAUGCGGUUGACAACAGUAUCUUGAGCCAGCGCGGGACAAAGCGAAGCCGAAUGCCCAUACUGCAAGACAGCCUGAGACAGCCAACCUCCGAUGCACCACGACUCAACGCCGAUCGAGACGCUACUCAGAAGAGUGUCCUCAAGAAGCUCAAAAUAGCCGCUGCGAAGCACAUUCCUGAUGCGCAAGUCAGCUCCCCUACAAUCAGCAAUGACGACAACUCCACAGUGGGGGCAACCAGCGACGAUGCUCCAUUGCGCGUGGCUACGAGCAACUACAAGCUUAAGAAAGCCGACGAGAACAAGCUCAAGACACUCGGUAUCGAGAUUGUCGACGACAUCGAGCUCGCCAACGUGUUGGUCACACCCAAGGUUUCGCGUUCGCCCAAGAUGCUCUACGCCAUUGCUUCCGGUAACAUCGCCAUCAUCUCGCCAGACUGGAUCCUAGCCUGUCUGAAGAAGCGCCAGCUUGUUCAAUUGCAGUCCGAAUCCACCAACACCUCAUCAUCAUACAGCUUGGUCGACAAGGAAGGUGAAAAGACGUACGGCAUCAUUCUUGCUGACGUUCUGAAGCGUCGCAAGGCCGAAUACAGACAUGGCAUCUAUGCGGGCCACAAGUUUUGGCUAGGACGCGGAGUAGACGAGAACGGAUCCUUUUCCACACUCAUUGAAGCAGCAGGCGGAAAGGUAUUGCCGGUUCCCUUUGGCGAGGAGAAGCUGCUCUCUGAUCCAGAUCACUACCAUUUGGUUGUUGAUGAGGAUCAUACGAUCGAAUGGAGAGACUUGAUCGGCCUCCCCACCAUUUCCGGUGAACCGCUGAAGCUGUACAAGAAGCAACUCAUCACGGACUGCAUCUUUGAGCAGCAGCCCAGAUGGGAUCGACAUUUGAUGGACACUGCGCGAGUGCGCGCAAGUAGCUCGGGCACAACACCAGUGAAGCGAGGACGUGCUUCAGCUGGCGGCAGUGCAAACAAACGUGUUGCUGCCCGCUGA